CAUUAUGUCCACUAAUGUUGUGUUGGAUUGGCAAAAUUUGGAAUGGAAUUUAUUUUCCAUCUUCUAUGGCCACAUUAGCCAAUUCCUCCAAAUAAUUUUUAGGCAAUUCAAUUUCCUGGAAUUCGUUUUCAAUUCAAUUCAAUUCCAUCUUUGCAAUCAAACGGACCCUAAAUUCUUCGUGAAGUAAAUUGUCAUUUUUUACAGGAUCAUUUUGCAAAGCUAUCAAAAAUGCCCAUCACUCUUAAAUAUAUAGAUCCAACUUAUAUGAUUCGUGCUAUUCCAAGCAAUGCAUCUGAUAACGUAUACUGCACACUCCUUGCUCAAAGUGCUGUUCAUGGAGCAAUGGCAGGGUACACAGGCUUCACAGUCGGGCUUGUUAAUGGUCGGCAUACGUACAUUCCUUUCAAUCGCAUCAUUGAACGGCAAAACAAGGUUGUCAUAACUGACAGGAUGUGGGCGAGGCUUCUUUCUUCGACAAAUCAACCAAGUUUCUUGGGUCCUAAAGCUGUCGUAGCAGCCAAAACAGAGGAAGUGCCUCCAACUCAAUUGCUGGAUGAUGCUGAUCAGAAAACAAACUAAAUGAAUCCACCGGCAUUUCGUAUUUUACGGGGGUUGGUUUGUUAGGAUAUAUCGGCUGUUGUGGGUACUGACUAUUUGAUUUUGAUGUUUUAUAUUAGAGGAAAUUAAGCCCAAAAUGUUUUAUUUAGAUGUAUGCAACAAUUAUUCUGUAUCGUCUUUGGAUAUCAUGUAAACUAGUCUGUAUCAUUUUUGAAUAAUAAUGCGAUAGCAUCGCCAUUGGAAGUUCUA